GGAAAACUUGAAACAUUGGUUCGCGUGCAUCUGAGCAAAAAUGUUUGAUUCAGCCAUAGCGUAUAGCGGUUACUACCAAAAGUGUCAUCCGGGGCUUCCGGAAAGCAUUCAUAUUGGAUAGCAAGCAAGUGCUCAAGGAUUAUUGGACCACAAGGCCUCAGGAGAACGUGGAGAAGAACUUCCAACCUUCCCCCAGCUGUAGUCCACUCAGAUCUUGAUUCCUUUGAUAAGAAGGGGCUACAGAAUUGACUCUGGUUCUGCCAGUCUUGCAAGUUAAUUAGUCUUGAGUAUAUUAGGAAAAGGCCAUGGAAAACCAUCAUCGUUUCAGGCGAAAGGGGGGCAAAGUUGAUAUGUCAGUGAUGGAAAAGCAGAAGGAGAAUUCAUCCUGGAGUGCGUACAGGCAAGAAGUGCCAGCGAGUAUAACAAGGUUUGAGCAGCGUAAAAGCCCACAGCUAGAAGAAGAGCUGGAGCUGGGUCACUUGCAGCUCCUGGAAGCACUGUUUGCUAAUCACAGCCUUCCCAAAGGGGAAGACCAAGGUAGAGAAGCAGAGAACACAGGCCAGUGCGUGAGACCCCGCAGAAAACAGAAAGUGCAGCCGCCGGGAAGAUUGACUCAACAAGAGUUUCAUCGAGCUCUGUCCGAGCUGCCUGGCUCUGAGAUCUGGAACACUCGAUUGACACUGCUUUUCAACAAGGUGGGCGCCCGCUGCGACGGCCUGAUUGACUGGAACGAGUUCUGCGCACACCUGCUGCUCUAUUACAGAGACAGGGACUGCACGAAAGCCCAGGAGAUCUUCCAGAGCCGGGAGCCCCUCAUCCGGCACUGUGUGCAGAACAAGCAAGCGCCAACUACCAGGAUACUGGCCAUCUCUUCCCCACCCCCACUCUGGUAUGUAAGUGUCAGCAAGGGAGGAGUUCUUACUACCUGGGACGGCGCUCUGCGCAUUCAGAAAACAUAUGAGAUUACAACAGAUUCCAAAGACUCUCCAGCUGAAAAAAGAAGAUUGAAAUUCUGGACCACGGAUGCUGCAUACAUGGCAAAUGUCCACAAAAUCGCAAUAGCCACCACCUGCCGGGAUAUCCACUUUUUUGACGUGUCCACAGCAAACCUCUUGGAAGAGUUUCAUUUAUUUGCUCUGAAAAAUGUUCCAACUUCAUUGCACUACUGCUAUAACGCAAAGGAAAUUAAAGAGCACAGUAAGUUCCUGCUAUAUCAAGCCAUCCCAGAGGUGCACAAGGAAGCUGUUUCCCAAAUCCAGUAUGUAGCAGAGGGAGAGCUCAUCAUCACAUCCUCAGGCAGUCCCAAGACCUCUGUGGUGAUCAUGGAUGUUCACAGAAAGAGAAAAGUUUACACCUGGAAAAUCAAGAAGGGCGUAAAAUGCUUCGACUACUGCAGAUCCCUGAAUCUGCUGGUGACCGGAGGAGCGGAUCAUGCCGUGCAACUCUGGAACCGAUAUGUCCCGAGCUGGCCAACGGCGACCUUGCAGGGACAUCAUGCAGCAAUUCUGGCAGUGGCCAUCCACGAGCCCCGAGGACACGUAUUCAGCUAUUCCAAGGACUCGGUCCUGAAAGUCUGGGAUAUUUCCUCACAGGCUUGUCUGCAGACACUGGCGCUCAAGUUCCCCUAUGUCGAACCAGAACAGAUCCUAGAGCAGGGGGAUUUUCCCUUCUUGCUCAUCCAGCAGUCUCCCCACCUCCUCCUAGUCUCCUGUGCUGAUUACAUUGGAUUGUUGAAGCUCGCACAUGUCAGUCCGGAGGAAGAAAUGCUGGCGACCCAUGAUGCACCAUUAUGCGGUGCUCUGUACAACACCACCUUCCACCAGGUGGUGACAGGAUGUGACGACUCCACUGUCGCUGUGUGGGAUGCGGAGACGGGAGCCAAGCACCUCCUCAUAAACAAUGCCCAUGGGAAGGAAGAGAUUACCUGCAUGGCCCUGGACAGCUCCCAGCACAGCCUCAUCACGGCAGCAAGGAACGGGACCAUAAAGGUCUGGAAUAUUCAGACUGGCCAUAAUUUGCACCAGCUGGAGAUAGUGGAAGAAACUGAAGUCACGGGACUUGUAGCUUUGCAGGAUCAAACAUUGCUCGCAGUGGGAUGGAAUCAGAAAAUCGUCCUUUAUGAUUUCUGUGAGCCUGGGGCCCUUUACGUUGCUGCGCAUCCUUCUUGGAAAGGCGGGCAGCCGCACAAAGACGACAUCCUGACAGUGGACUAUUGUCCUUCUCUUGGGCUCCUCGCUUCCGCCAGCUUCGAUGGCGAAAUUCUCGUGUGGGAUGUGGAAUCGCAGAGUGUGUGUCUCUACCUCCGGCAGGCUCAGCCCGAAAGGCCACAUCCUCCGGUGGAAAAACUGCUGUUUCUCCAGCAUCGAUCCAUGGACAGCGUUUCAAAAGCGAGCGGAAUCCUUGUGAGCUCUGAUGCCGGGAACCUGCGUUGGUGGAGUAUCCUUGCAGAAGAACGGGAAUUUGGCUUUUAUUAUGCCCCAGCUAAAGAGGAUGCCUCUGUGACUGGACUGUCAACCAAUCUAACCAACAGUGUGCUUGUGUCUGGAGACACAUGUGGAUUCAUCCGGGUUUGGGAUAUUGCCGAUUACGGGCUGUCUCCCAGAUCUCAGGUAAAUCUUCAUUCUCAGUAUAUGGAAGUAGCCUUGUGA